AAAAGCGCUGAACACAUGACCCUGACCAGCGCCGGGCAGGCACCUUUGGCCCCGAGCCGUGUGUGGGGCAGGGCGCCAGGCUGGCCGAGCGCCCUCCUGGCCACCUCCUGUGCCCUGGGCCCCGGCAGACUGGCGGCGAGAGGGUGCGGCGUGCCCGGGGGGAUGAGGGCCUCCGUGCUGCAGGGCCCCCUCGCCUCGCAGUGGACCCGUGCGUUGUUCACCUCCCCCUCAGCUGCUGCCCUCAAGGCCCAGUCAGCGGAGGACUUCUGGGCCAAAAAUAAGCGGCUGCGUCGGCCACUAUCACCUCACCUCACCAUCUACAAGCCCCAGAUCACCUCGCUGCUCUCUGUCACCCACCGAGGCACAGGCCUUGCCCUUGCUGGACUCCUCUAUGGCUUUGGCAUUGGCACUGUGGUGUUGCCUGGCUCUUUCCCCCACUACCUGGAGAUGAUUCAGGCGCUUCAUUUUGGGGGAGCAAUCAUCCUUAGUGUCAAGUUCAUCUUGGCAUGGCCCUUCAUGUUCCACCUCUGUAAUGGCGUCCGGCACCUGGCAUGGGACAUGGGCUACGGAUUCACCCUGCGUAACCUCUACAAGUCAGGCUACAUGGUGCUGGCCUCCAGCUUCAUCCUCUCAGGCAUUGUUGCUGUCAUGUAGAAAAGCAGCUGUUCAUGCAAUUGGAUGACAAUCCCUGGUAUUUUUUUUUUUUUUUUUUUUUUUUCCCAAUGUCCUUGGCCCAUUUAUUUUACUGUCCUGAGUUAGAUGUAAAUAUAGUUGUGUUUAAGUAACCUCAAGGCUCGUGCAACCACCAUAAUGAGAGAAAGUUCUCACUGGUACAUUAACUCAUUAAAUUGGAGAAAUGCAGAUUGGACAACCAGAAGGGCAGUGGAUGUGGAUCUCUUGACUCAUGGUAAUAAGAAUAUGAUAAAAGUAAAUUUAUAAUAAAAGUGAUGUGGAUCACAUUGAUACAAAUAUGUAUAUAAUAGUUAUAAUAAAAAUUUACACAAAAAAAUUUAAUACAUUUACAUGCUGACUUUGACAUUUGAGGAUUUGAUUUAUUAUUUGCAUGCAUAGGUACAUCAGGGGAUGAAUGUAUGCAUUACCAUAUAGGUCGUGGUUUAGUUACGGGACAUGUUAAAAUAAAAUAUACUUUUAGGGUCACAGGAUACCUUAACACCAAGUUUGGUUGGGGGAUAAUCAGCCUCACUGUCCUUACUUUACUUUUGCACUGUCAUAUAAUCAUAGCUGGGCACGAUAACAGAAAACCUUAUUCCCAAUAACCGAUAACUGAUAAUGGAAAACCUUAUUGGUGAUAACCGAUAUUCGUUAACUGGAGACAGAAAUAUAGGCGUUAACCGAUAACCAAUACCCGAUAUAAAUCCACAAUUCCGAUACUAACUAGUGAUAAGUCCAGUAGGCAAAAACGAUACUAUAUUGAUAUUUCAAAUAAAAAACAGAUGAAUUCAAAUUUUCAUUAUCUGUAUUUUAGAAAACUUACAAAACCUGAAAACCACAUGUUGACACGUACCUAUGGACGGUAAUACUAGAAACGCCUGAACUGGUGUUGUGUUAUUUGGCGUCCCCAUCAUCAAAAGCUGGCGCUUUUCUUUACAAACACUGGUCUCUCGUGAACUGUGCAUGCUCAGACCAGCAAGUGUAGACCUGUACACUCUCACAAAGCUUUUGAACCAUUAUUAAAAGUUGCUGGAAUUCUGAAUCAGACAUACAGUACCGCUACCACCAUCCCCGCUGUUUCUAGAAUGACACUCUGUAUGAGUUGUAUUUAUAUGUACAGAGUGUCGUUCUAGAAACAACGAGGAUGGUGGUAGUGUAUGUCUGAUUCAGCCUUCCAGCAACUAUUAAUGUGUUAAAGAGCUUUGUGAGACUGUACAGGGCUACACUUACUGGUCUGAACAUGCGCAGUUCAUGAGAGACCAGUGUUUGUAAGCAAAAGCGCCAGCUUUUGACGAUAGGACACCAAAUAACACAACACUGGGUGCCUUCAAUACCAUGGCAUGCUCACAAAUGAAUUUUGAAUAUCAAAUUUGAGGCAGUGAAUGAUCAUUUUUUGGGCAAAGUUAAAUUAUUUUUCUCUUUGAUAUAUUGAUUUUUGAGUAACAUAAAAAAUAACCUAUUGUUUUAACGUUGAUGAUCUAAGUAUGAAAUCUCUUCACCGAAGAUAUUUCAUACCCCGAGGUUGUUUCAUACAACACCGGGCGCCCAGGCCACGCAUGCGCAGUAGGGAGGAGACAAUUUUUUUUUUUUUUUUUUUUCAGAGACGGAAAAAAGUAGCAAUUAUCGCUGGUUUGGUUACAAAAGUAGCGGAGAUACCGAUAUAUUUAAAUGAGUAGCAGAUGGCUGAUAACCCGAUCUUGUUAUCAGCAAUAAAGUAUCGCGAUAACGCCCAGCUAUGCAUGUAAUGCACCACAUAUUAUCAUCACCAUCAUCUGUGGUAACUCAAUUUCUCCUCAAGUAGGAUGACAGGCUCCCAGAAUGGGAAAGUCACAGCCAGUUACACAUACUAAUUAAUCCAUAAGAUUGCUGCUUUACUUUGAUGAGUGUACCGGACAUUCUUGAUGAUUCCGAAUAUUUUCUUUCGUCGUGAAUGCCAUAAAGGGCACUAGGUUUCAGCCCUCUUGAUUAUUUGCAUGUAGGUCUGACUAUAAGCCUCAUGCACUGAAAAUUUAAUAUGCUUCAGUUUCCACUGCAACAUGUUUGGGGCUCCUGAGGGGUGAGGCGGGAUGACCUGACAGCAUGUGGCGAAAAAAAAAUUUCUAUUACCAAAUCACCCACAAGUUUUCUUUUUCCCUGCCAUUCUUAUACAUCAUCAGCUUUGUAAUACAUUUUUCUGCAUUAAUAAAGAAACAAGAAGUGGAAAUAUA